UCUCUCUCUCUCUCUCUCUCUACUCUACUCCCAUGGCAAUUGCCAUUGUUAGGGUUUCGAAACAUUUCAAAGGGGAGUUUUGCUUUAGGAAUUAGCAAUGGCUUCUUCACCUUCUAGAAAGCGCCGGAGAGCAAACCAGAGCAAAGACGGUGCAGAUAUAGAUGCAGUUGACACGUCAAGUCCACCAUCUUCAACCCUCGAGAAAUUAUCUCCUGUGAUUGUCUUCGCUCAUGGUGCUGGUGCUCCUUCUACUUCUGACUGGAUGAUCAGAUGGAAAGAUAUGUUGGGCAAAGCACUACACGCUGUUGAAGUUGUUACAUUUGAUUACCCUUAUAUGUCUGGUGGAAAACGGAGGGCGCCUCCUAAGGCAGAAAAGUUGGUUGACUUUCACUCUGAUAUUGUCAAAGAGACUGUUGCCAAGUACCCUGGCCAUCCACUUAUUUUGGCCGGGAAGUCAAUGGGAUCGAGAGUCAGCUGCAUGGUGGCUUGCAAAGAAGACAUAAGUGCUUCAGCAAUAAUUUGCUUGGGAUACCCACUAAAGGGCAUCGGUGGAGCAGUGAGAGAUGAGAUUCUGUUGCAACUUAAUGUUCCUAUAAUGUUUGUACAGGGUAGCAAGGAUGCGCUCUGUCCACUAGAAAAGUUGGAGUCUACUCGUAAAAAGAUGAAAGCCUUAAGCGAUUUGCAUGUCAUUGAUGGGGGUGAUCACUCUUUCAAGAUUGGAAAGAAACACCUGCAAACCAAUGGGUCAACGCAAGAUGGAGCUGAAGAUCAGGCUCUUAAGGCCAUUGCAGACUUUUUGUCAGGCUCUAUCAAAGACAGGUGACACCUUUUUUUUCAAAGGACAAUAGGGGGUUUUCAAGUUUUUACUUGAACUGUCUCAUGCUGUAUAUAAUAUGUUUCAUGAGGCUAAACCUUUCUGAUGCUGACUGUCCAUGUUCUCUGUCGAGGACUGCUCGGUUCUAAUCUUAUAUUAUAUGUAGAAUUAUGGUGUCUCAAACCUCAAUAUUAUAUGCUUGUGCAAGCUGUGCCAGACAUGUAUGUGCUUUGUUGAUAUUUACAUUACUUUAAACUUUUUAAUGAAGGGGCUGAGUUUAAUUAGAUUGCCUUAUUGAUAGUUUCUAUGGAUAUUUGUAACAUCUCCAAUAAAUUGGUGAAAAGUGCACUUUUCUUAUCAUUAAUUAGUCUUAUUCUCUUGACAUAGAUAUUAGAGGAUAAUUCUUUCUUACAUGUAUAGGAGUAAUCACAUGCUAAGUAAAACCCUUUUAUAAUGAGCUUCGAUCCUUAUUCACCAUAUGCUACAUCUUCCUGGUAUCUCUGUAAAACAAAAGGAAAAUGUAAGAGUACAUCAUGGUUAGAAAACUUGAAAUUGAGUCAAUUGAUAGUAACAUAAAAGAGACUCACACUUUGUUUUCAACAAAAAGAGAACUUGCCUGUGGUUGCUAGACUUAGUCUCUACUUGUCAUCCUUGUGCUUCUUCUUGCUAUCAUCUUUCUUCUCUUUCUUUUCCUUUUUGCCAUCAUCUUUCUUUUCCUUUUUGCCAUCAUCUUUCUUCUCUUUCUUUUUGCCAUCAUCUUUCUUCUCCUUCUUUUUGCUAUCAUCUUUCUUCUCCUUUUUAGUAUCAUCUACUUUCUUCUCCUUCUUUUUGCUAUCAUCUUUCUUGUCAUGCUUAUCUUUCUUCUCCUUUUUCACAUCAUCUUUCUUCUCCUUAAUCUUCUUGGUAUUUUCAUGGGUAAUCUCAAUCUCAAUCUCCUUAGUUGGUUUUUCACACUGCAUUGAAGCCAUGGCAAAACAACUAUAAUAUUUAGGAGAAAGAGAGCCUUAAAUAGUAAAUAAUAUUAGGCUUAUGGGGUUCUUCUCUUUGUGGUU